AUGGGCUCACCGCUCGGCCCAUUCCUCGCAAAUGUCUUCAUGGGCAAAGUCGAGAUGACAAGUUUACAAGACACCAUUAAUGACCUCAGCUUCUACGGUCGGUACGUAGACGAUAUUUUCUGCCUGACGGAUGUUACCACCGACACAGACGUCCUGAUUAAAAAAUUCAACAAUUCACACCCCUCGCUAACGUUCUCUGCAGAGUUUGAGGCAAACAAUGAAAUCGCGUUCCUCGACGUUCUUCUGCACAGACAAGAGGAUGGGUCUAUCCAACGUAGAGUAUUCCGAAAGAAAACCUGGACGGGACAAUACAUUAACUUUCACAGUUUUGUUCCCCUCAACAUCAAACGAAAUCUAGUCCAGGGAUUGGCAGCUAGAGUGCGACGUAUCUGCUCUCCUGAGACGGUGGAGGCAGAACUGCAGCAGCUGCGGGAUACACUCCACGAAAACGGAUAUCCAGAAAGAUUUAUCCUUCGAAAUAUAGGGGAGCGCACUGCAAAACCUACCAUGGCAACUGCAGAAAAGAAGGACUUAUUUAUACGAUUGCCUUUUCAAGGAGACGCAGCAAGUGAACUGGUAAAAAGACGUCUGAAGACAGCGAUCACUAACGCUUUCCCCGCGGCGAACUUACGUGUGUGUUUCACUAACUCUCCCCUCCUACGCUUGGGAGGUAAAGACCGACUCCCGUUGCAGGCCACAUCAAUGUGUAUUUAUUCAUUCACUUGCUCCUGUGGAGCGGGCUACAUCGGCCGUACAACGAGGCGUUUGGAAACGAGAGUACGUGAACACAUACCGGCCUGGCUAGGCAAAGGUGAGAAGAAAUCGAUCUCGAGUUCUAUUCUCGCACAUCUUGUCGAUACGAAUCACCGAGUCGAUGCCAAAGAAGCCUUUCAGAUUGUCUACCGGACACCAGCAGGCUUCUCCAAAGGCCUCCGCCAACGGGUGCUAGCUACAGCUGAGGCAGUGGCUAUACGGCUAGCCAAUCCAGUGCUAUGCUGUCAGAAGACUCUGACACAGGCGCUCUGUCUUCCGUGGCCGACGCCGACCACAACGUCGCUCCAACCUCCUGAUGCCAGGGUGGGUGCACAAGGUACACGACGCACUCACAGCCUAUGCCCCCCCUCCUCCUCGCCCCCCGAACCCAAUUACCACUACACGCCGACCACGCCAUAG